UAUUUAAAAUAUUUAGUGUUAUCGUUCAGUUCGGUCGCCGCCGCCGCCGCCGCUGCCGCCAUGUCGCUGCUCGCCCGCUCGCUGCUCGCGCUCGGCGCGCUGCUCGCCGCCGCCGACGCCAAAUGCAGAACAAAGAUGAUAGGUUAUGUAACGAAAACGGAUACCGGCUGGAAGGUAUACGAUGCUGCUCCUGGCGGGGAUGUCAUUUAUCUUCCUAAGACCUACUACAUAACAGAGACAGUGGGCGAGAAGAUAACCGCCUGCAACAAUGACCCGGACGCGCCGCCGCCGGUAAUAGAGGUGGCGCCGCCGACGCAGUUCACACGAGUGACCGUCGCGUGUUAUGCGGAUGACUGCCCUAAAGGGGCCACUGUUAAUGUGACGAAGUAUAUUGAAGACUAUUUUGUGGUCUGGCCGUAG